AUGGCGGGCUUGAAGAAAUUCUUCCAGGACAGGAACCUCCGUCCCGCGACCAGCCUGGGAUUGGAGAACUAUAAUGUGGAAGAUGCCAAUUGUGGCAUGGCGGUUGAUUCGCCUGCACGAAGCCAAUUCGAGGGCUUUCCAAAGAAUGCGCAGUCACUAGACGUGGCUCAUCAUUUCGAGCAAAUCGACAAACAAUUUGAAGAUCUACAAGAUCGACUCGACCGGCCAACAUCCUUUGAGCCACUAUCCUCGCCUACAACUCGUUUCGCAGUCCCCAGAGUCCUCAAUGGUCGACAUGUGGACUUGCUUGAUGCUCUGGGCUCUUCGGACCGCCCUCGAACGACUUCCCCGGAGCCAUUUUCACCACCCCUCACCCCAUACAACGAGGAUGUCGCAGAACGAAAUAUGACCCGGUUUCUACGCAUUCAAUACAAGAAAGGAUUCUCGCCGUCGCGAGUCCUGUCGGCAUUGUAUCAAGAGGAUGUGGCGGACAGAAACAUUUCCAAGUAUAGCAGUGCUGGUCGUACUAUGUCCGGGUUAAGCUCUCAGUCUUCUCCCGCUGCACCAGGAAGAGUGCGAAUCCCCGAAGGCCAGACACGUCAAUUUGGAAGGCAUUUUGCAAAAAAGCCCAACUGGGCUUCUGCUGAGAAUCUCCGGAAUCCUCCCAAAGAGGAUGCCACUUUAUCCCCACGAGCAAACUCCGACUUGGGCACUUCCCUCAGACCGCAGAGAUCAGCCCCUAGCCUUUGCGCAGAUGAGGGGUUUGUGCCCCAAGAAGCAGCGCCACCCAGCCCUGUUCAGCGCCUGGGAGUUCCUCCUGCACACAAAUUGGGCAAGCGAUGGAGCAAUACUCCUCUUCCCGAUAGCCCUACGAUACCUAUUACUCCCACAGGAGAUAAUAUUGCUGCCGAGGCCCCUACGGUACUCCCACGGCCAUUCUCAUCAGUAUCUCGCAAUUCACCAACCCCACGAUCACGCUCUCCACAGCCCUCAGGCCCUGUGUCUAAAAAGAACGCCCGAGGACUGUCCAUCAAUACUCAAUUAGCUGCGACUGGAACUCCCAAAAUCGUGCAUCGUGCUAUUCAGCCACCAACGCCCUCUACUGGCAACAUGAAAAGACCUCCCAGCAUCGCCCAAGUGAUGAGCAGCCCCCUCCCGAUCCCCAGCCCUGUCAGCCCACCCAAGUCAUCGACGCGGGUCAAAGCUGCGGAACUAAUGAACCUGUUCACCAAGACAUAUACGUCUGCCCACGGAACCCAUCCAACAUACGAAUCUCUCCAUGAUGCCAUUGUUCGGGAAGUGAACUCCCACGAAGCAUUCAAGCGUGUUCCUCCACCAAUUCCAGGACCUCCCUUCACACCCUCUGCCGAACAGAUGGCACUUGCCAAUUCCUCCGUCCAAACAAUGGGACUAAAUCGAAGUGCUUCAACCGCCAGUCGAAUGAACAGAUUCAAACACAAAAGAUCUCCAGAAUCCCCCCGCAGCAUCUCAACCGGCGUCGGCGACAAAUUCAAAAGAAAAGUCAGCUCUCCCCGUCGUCGACACACAGACGCACCACCCCCCUCUGCAGCCUUCCUAGCCGAACUCCAACCAAAACAAUCUGCUGCCGCUUCCCUCGCAGCAGGAGAACCCAUCACCUACAUGGACGUCCUGCGCGCAAGCAGUGAACAGCCCACACUCCCAGACCCAGAUGUUCCACGCAGAGGCCGCUCCGAUUCCAUCCCCAACUUCACUGCCACAUUACAGUCCUUCCCUGAUGUCCCUCUCCCCAAAACAAUCUACUGCAUGCAAGCACACUCCACACCUCCAAGCUCCUACGAAGAAGAUGACGAUAUCAUCCAUCUCCCCAGCUUGGACGAGCCAACUCCACGCGUGCAAAUCGAAGGCGUCGACGAGAAUAAUAUCCGCUAUGUCAUCGAUGCUGCUUCUGAGGACGAGGCCCAGAAACUCAUGUGCUGGCCUCGUCGUAUUCGCGGCGGAGUGGGAUCGAAUGCUUUUGGAAAUAGUUUGUCGCCGUUGUCUCGUGCUCGUAUGCAGCUUCGUGGCUCGAGGUCUGUGGAGACGUGUUAG